AGCCAGUGUCUGGGAGGGAUAGGAGCCGGGAGACGGUACAAAGAAGAGUAGGGGCCACGUCCCAUUGAAGGAAGCUUGGCUCCAGGACAGCACAGCCAUGGUGCCUUGGCUCUGGGCUCUGCUGAUGGCAGCUGGGACGGGCGCCUUGGAGCCCGGCUUCCAAGCUUGCAAGAGGGCCCUGAACGUCAGCGUGCUGGAGGUGCUGCCAGGUGGGGGCUGGGACAACCUGCGCAAUGUGGAGGUGGGGCGAGUUAUGAGCCUCAACUACUCGCAGUGCCGCACCACGGAGGACGGCGAGUACCUGCUGCCGGAUGAGGUGGAGGUGGUGCCGCUCCGGGAGAGCAGAGUGGAGGUGAACGCUGAGCUGAUCGAGAACUGGCUCUCCUACACCGACGCCUUUGCCCGCUCCAUCAAUGCCGAUGUCUCCUUCCUGGGUGUCCUCAAUGGAAAGUUCUCUUCUGGGUGCCAGGAGACCAAGACCCACAAUGUCUAUGACCAGACGGUCACCACCCGGGUGCAAGUGCGGUACCACAUCUACUCGGUGAAGGUCCAGCCCGCCUUCACCCUCCACCCCAGCUUCCGGCACGAGCUCCUGGCCAUUGGCAACCAGCUGGAGAAUAACCAGAGCCAGACGGCCAGCUACCUCGCUGAGCUGCUAGUCCUGAACUAUGGCACCCAUGUCCUGACCAGGCUGGAGGCUGGAGCCAGCCUGAUCCAGGAGGACCAGAUCAAACUGACCUUCCUGCAGGACAAGGUGGCCGAGAAGGCGAGCAUCACCGCCUCAGCCUCCGCCACUUUCUUUGGCAAGGUCAACGUGGGGAUCGGCGCUGCCGCGCAGGUCCAAGACGAGCUGACCAAGAGCUAUCUGGAGAACACAGUGGACUCACGCAUCGAGAGCUGGGGCAGCGUGCCCUUCUACCCAGGCAUCACGCUCCAGAAGUGGCAGGAAGGGAUCCCCAACCACCUGGUGGCCAUCGGCAAGGCUGGCCUGCCCCUGCCCUUCUUCAUCAGCCCGGAGGCCCUGCCGGAGCUUCCAGCACCCACAGCCAAGAGGGUGGCAGCUGUAGUGGACAAAGCCAUUCGUCUUUAUUACGCCAUCAACACUCAUCCGGGCUGCGUCAAGGCCGACGCCAGCAACUUCAACUUCCAGGCCAACGUGGAUGACGGCUCGUGCCUGGGGGCCAGCACCAACUUCACCUUCGGGGGUGUCUUCCAGAAAUGUCACGGGGUGUCAGGCCUGGACGGGGAGGAGAUGUGCCAGCCGUACCGCACCCAGAACCCGCUGACGGGGGGCUUCUCCUGCCCAGCUGGCUUCACACCCAUCCCGCUGCACAGUGAGGAGCGCACGGCCAGCAAGCCCCAAGCUGAGUGCCAUGAGCAGUGCCACUCCUGCUGGCUCUUCUUCUCCUGCUGCCAUAAGGAGUGUGGCGUCCGCUACUAUUCCACCACCGUGCGCUUCACGGCCCACUGGUGCGCCGCCACCGGCCCUGUGCCUCAGGGCUCAGGCUUCCUCUUUGGGGGGCUGUACAGUGCUGGGGAGGAGAACCCGCUCACCGGGGCCCACACCUGCCCGCCCUACUUCUACCCACUCUCGCUCUUCGACGGGCUGAAGGUGUGCGUGAGCGACGACUACGAGAUGGGCGCCCGCUUUGGCCUGCCCUUUGGCGGCUUCUUCAGCUGCCAGGCUGGCAACCCCUUGGCCGGGCCCCUGAAGGGACAGAGCCCUGGGCUCCUCCAGGAUUUCUUCUACCAGGACUCUGACACCGCCUAUCCCAUGAAGUGCCCCCAGGGGUACAGCCAGCACAAAGCCUAUCUGAGUGACGGCUGCCAGAUCCUCUACUGCCUUCAGGCUGGGAGCCUCUUUGCCCAGCAGCUGGCUCCCAUCAAGCUCCCGCCCUUCCUCCGCCAGCCGUCCCCCAGUGCCAGCAUGGCCCAGACCAUCCUGGUACUGGGGGAGGGCAGCCAGGCCUGGGUGAAGCUGCAGGGCAGUGGACACUGGCGGCCAGCCAACGUCACCGAUGAGAGGGAGAUGGCCCGGCUCUUCCAGGCUCAGUCCAGCGCGGGGCCCACGGGGGGUGCUGUGGCUGGCAUCUCAGUGGCCGUGACGCUUGUCCUGGCAGCGGCUAUCGCGGGAGCUAUCUAUGGCACCCGGAGGUACAAGAACAGGGCGUAUCAGGAGGUACAACCCCCCAGCUGUCUAGCAAAAGAAGAAGGGAGCUACGGAUCCACCACAAUGUCUCUUGGGACUAGCUCAGCCUGAGAGCCCAGGAACUGGGCCAAGGACUCUCCCUGGGGUGAGGCUCACACCUCCUGGGCAUGGCAAGGCUAGGGGAGCAGUAGCUUUUAAUCACAUGAAUGUAUUAGAGUUGCAGGUUGCGCUCAGGCAGCUCUCUGAUGCACCUGGGGACGGUAGUGGCACCUUUAAGAAAAGCCUCAUCUGUCUAGAACAGCCCUAGGAACCCCCUGUCAACGGGAAGAGAGUUCCUAUGUGUGGUCAAAGGGGGGCACUGUUUCGCCCACCAAAGGGGACAAAGGAAAGUAGGUGUCUGGCAGUAAGAAAAUCUACCUCUUAAAGGGGAAGGGGCCACAUGUACAUAUGGAUCCCAGGAUUGCCAAGCCCCCAGGUUCAAAAAUCAUGAGAUUGAUUAAAAUAAUGUUUUGAGGGGUUUGUUAUUAAA